AAUCGGUUUCGGAAUUGCCUGAAGAAAGUCAUUCUCAAAUGCGUCAAUCUCCAGUAGCAAAGAAAAGAAAAGUGGCCAAGCCCAAGCCACUGAAAGUUGGCGGAGCCAGGAGGAGAAGACAGUGCGCACCUAAGCCAAUUCAGUCUGAUGUUGUCCGGCAGCUAUGUCGUCUUCCGGCGAAAGCCUGCAUCCCGAAAUCCGCGGCCGAUGUGAUGUACGUCAAUUCCAGAUUCGGCCGUUUCAUUGAUGGCAAUACAGGCCGAGAGAUCGUGCGCCGUACUCGGGUCAGAGUUCCCAAGAAGCACAAGCCCCAGCCCAAAAAUAAACCUAAGAGAGAAACAAAGAAGCCCAGUAACCCCAAACGGUCGUCAUCGUCAUCGCUUUCGGAUACGGAUUGGAUUGGCUUUGAUUGAUACGAUUUAUCUUUAUAUUUGCUUGGAAACCUUGUUUAUCCUAAAUCGGAUUUUGUACAAAAAUUGACAGUUUUAUUUCGGUUUAUUUAGAUUUUUAUAAUUUUGGCAUAA